AAAUACUUUUAUUGUGAAACACGGUGAUACUCCCGGAAGUUUGAAUUUAUUUGUCCAAGCACUUCCCACAGCUUCAGAAUGUCCAAGUUCAAAACUGUAAAUUGGCCUAAAGUGAUUUUAUUUGGGGACUCCAUCACACAGUUUUCAUUUCAGCCCAGUGGUUGGGGUGCAGAUAUAGCUAAUAAACUUGCAAGGAAGUGUGAUGUUGUAAACAGGGGACUUUCUGGCUACAAUUCCAGAUGGGCCAAGAUAGCUCUUCCUCGCCUCAUCAACAAUCAGAACUCAGCAGACCACAGAAUAGCUGCUGUCACUGUCUUCUUUGGAGCCAACGACUGUGCACUGGCAGACAAAAACCCUCAACAGCACAUCCCUCUGAAGGAGUAUUUAGAAAACCUAAAGGAGAUCAGCAAACUUCUUGCUGUAAAUGGAGUGUCAGCUGAUAAAGUUAUCUUCAUCACCCCUCCACCUAUUCAUGAGGCAGCCUGGGAGAAGGAGUGUAUUCUCAAGGGAUGUCCCCUUAAUCGCCUUAAUGCUGUAGCCGGGCAGUAUGCUCAGGCGUGUGUCGAGGCUGCUGGUCAGUGCGGUGCAGAUGUGUUGGACCUCUGGACACUCAUGCAGAAAGAUGGACAGGACUACACAGCCUACCUAUCCGAUGGGCUUCACCUGUCAGAGAAGGGAAACCAGUUUGUGGCCCAACACCUUUGGGAGCUCUUAGAGAGGCGUGUGGUCGACCUGCCCUUUAUCUUGCCCUACUGGGGAGAUGUCAAUGCUGAGAGCCCAGAGAGCAGCCUGCUCUGUAGCGAGUGAAGUACAGGUUGGUGGACAAGUGCAAAUGUUUCUCUAGCAUAAGAUGAUGCUUCUGAUGGGACAUUGCUUAAAGAGCUUAAAAUGACACUGGACUGCAGUCAUUCUACAAAGUGAUGGAGCAGCUGUUAUUUGCGUUUAGCAGUACUGUACUGUAUGUCAAAUAUAAGGCCAUGUAUCAACGUUGAAAAUGCACAAUAAAGACUUUUAUUUUGA